AUGUUCGAUAGUUUCAGCGAACUGUAUGCCGAUCAGUUGAAGUUAAUUACGGAUGCUCUGGACCAAGCUGGAAUCAAUAACGUACUUUGGGGCCACGUCAUUGAGCGCUUCCUCGAAGAACAUGUUUCGUCGGGUAUCGAAUGCAUCAUUCACGAUGGCAUGGCCGAAAAAGCAUGCCAGACCCUUCUGGCUGCGGGGCUCGAGCCAUGCAAAUACGGGGAAGAAUGUCCGGCGACGAGACAUCGGCAAGAUAGGCCGGACGCUGUAGCGCAUGUGCACUUAGAAGCAACCACUUUAGGGUGUGAUAUACCUGUGAUGUUCUGGGAAAAGUCGUCUCUUCUUUGGGCGUUCCCCGAGUUACCAUCGUCUCCUCCUUCGUCGGAUGAUCCGUACUACAUGCCAAUCAGGAUCCCAUGGACCUACUAUCGUAACGCUGCCACACCCGCCAAGGCCGCCCGCGGGCAUCGCGCUUCAUCUGCUGCAGUCAACGCUAGUAGGUCUCAGCGUCCUCCAAUAGAUUUGACUCCUGCAAGAAUGCUCAAACCAGUCAAGAUCGUUGAAGCCCUGAUAUGGCUGAUGUGUCGGGACCGGAAUCCUAAUGAGGGAUUGGAAUGUGGGUGGGAGCAUCGGUGGCAGAAGGUCUUGGAUUCCUGGGUGCAGAAAGCUCCAGGUCUUGCUAAGCAUGGGCUUUUCUGCCGGAACGAAUUGCGACCCGGUUUUCUGCCUCUUUGGGACUACCUCUGUGGUGGUGAAGGUGAACAGACCCCCGAGAAGCAUCGUGCACACUAUUUGGGGCUCCAAGCGAAGCUUCGUGCGGAAAAUGCUCUUCCAAGCUCACCGCAACCAAAGAGAAGAACAGUGGAGGAGAUUGAACAUGAAAACUGGAAGAGGUAUCAGAAGUUCGUAAAACGUUACAGCGGCAAUACCCCUUGGAUUGAAGAAGACUAA